CGCAAUUCUGGUAGCAAUUCAACGAAAUUCAAGUAUCUUUAGUUUCCGUUUCGACCGAAAUUAACAAGUUAGCCUUAGCAAAAUGCACGACACAAUAAUCCGUCUGGCGGACGUGUGGAAGACUUGCAACAAAAUCCGCGCGGCGGCCUUCCGCGUGGGGCUCAACUUGUGGGACUGGUACCGGCCGCUGGACCCCGAGGGGAACUCCCUCAUCUCUGAAUCAAAAUUCGUGUCAGUGCUAGCCGGUCCCCUGAGGGCCGUGAUCGGCUUAUCUGAUGCUGAGGUGGCGCAGCUGGCCGACUACUUCCGAGCCCAGGAUGGCCGCGUGCUGUACCACCAGCUCUGCCAACUGGUUCAUGGAGAAGAUACGGGCGGUCGCGACAAGACCUCAGCCGACUGCAUCCUGGAGGCGUGCCCGCCGCCGCCCGAGCCGGCCUGCCACAAGCUGGACCAGUGGCAGAUGAGGAGGCUCUGCUGCCUGCUGGCCACCAUCGCCGCCAGGGAACUGCCGCUCAAACCCUACUUCCAGGACUAUGAGUUGGUUGCUAAAAACGACGGUCGGAUCACCUUCGCGCACUUCGCCCGCAUCCUGAACUACAUCGGUAUCCUGGUGUCGCCCGAGGACUUCAACCUGCUCGUGAGGAAGUUCAUCAAGGACUCCUACACACUGGACUGUGUGGAGUUCCUAAAGGCUGUCGAAGCCGUGAAGAAGGAAGGCAUCCGGGGCUUGGGACCGGAGUACGAAAACCCAGCGGCGGUGAUAGACACAAGCCUGCCAAAGCUGGUGCGUCCGGAGGUGGACGCGGGGCUGUCCACCGCGCCGCUGGGCCAGACGGACGUGUUCCACCCGGUGCUGAAGCAGCCGAAGCCGACCCGCCAGCUGGUGGAACUGAUGCUGCGAGUGCAACAGUUCGUGCUGCAGAGGAGGAUUAGAGUUUCAGAGUUCUUUAGGGAUUUCGACCCCCUAAACUGCGGCCGCAUCGCACCGCAGCAGUUUCGCCGCGCCAUGGAUGCUAUGGGACUGGGCGCCAUCUUGGACCAGAAUGAGAUGCUCUGCAUCAUGAGGCACUACCUCGACCCCAACGACUCAGAGCGUGUCUGCUGGCGGACUUUCGAAGAUGACUGCGAUCAGGUGUUCACAAUAAAGGAGCUAGAGAAACACCCGGACGCUAAAGCGGGCGCUGCAGCGGCGGCGGUGGCGGAGCUGCCCCCGCUGGGGUCGGCGGAGGAGCGCGGCGGGCCCGGCGAGGCCGCGCUCGACAUGGCCCAGGCCGCGCUGUUGAGAGUUCGUGCCGCUUGCAUGGAAAGGGCUAUUGAUCUAAGGCCUGCCUUCGCUGAACACGACCCGAUGAACAACGGUCACGUGUCGCGCGCUCAAGUGCGACGCGUGCUGGCGAGGCUGGGCGUGCUGCCGACUGCGGCGCAGGUGCGGGCUCUGGAAGAGAGGUACCUGGACGACUGCGGGUUCAGCUACGUGAGACUGCUGGAUGAGAUGGAAGAGCGUCCGGUGGAAAGCGCCACAAUAUCGUCUGCGCCGCCGCCGCCGCGCGCGCCGCCCGCCGGCCCUGACCCGCUGGAGACGGACAUCGUGCAGAUCCUCGCCAAGAUCAAGGGAAAGAUGGUUCGAGAAGGAUUACGCCCCCGUGACUUCUUGAAGCAGUUCGACCCUCGCAACGAGCUGGUGAUCCCCCGAGCCGACUUCUACCGCGGCCUCUCCUCCGCCGGCCUGUCUCUGACGCCGCUAGAAAUGGACACGCUCAUGGAAGUUUUUAGCGCGCCCGGACGGCGUCGCUAUAUUGAAUACGAGCGGUUUUCGUCCGUGGUGGGCGAAGCCCUGACCCAGGGUUCCCUGGAACGCGCGCCCCUGGUGGAGCCCGUGCCGCACGUGCCCACCCAUGACUCCCCCAGGAACUUCCUCAACUUCGAAGAGAGGAGCCUCGUGUCCGGCGCGCUCGCCAAGCUGUCGAAGUUCCCGGACCAGUUGUCCAAUAUUUUGGAGGUGUUCAAGGACAUGGACAAGGAGCGCUGCGGCACGAUCCCUCGAGUUUCCGUGGAGCGCGCCCUGUGCCAGCGCGGGCUGCUGCAGCUGGUGUCGGCGCGGGAGCGGGACGUGCUGUACCGCUGCUUCGGCUACCAGCGCGGCUGCGGCGAGGAGGUGGACUACCGCUCCUUGUGCAACGCCCUGGACGUGUUGUUCGCGACCGGCAGCGCGCAGCCCUGCUGA